AUAAAUAAAAACCGACCUUUAAAAAAAUAGACUGGAAAUAUUCCUACAAAAAGUUUUAUUUUCAAUAAUAAAUUAGAAAAGAUUUAACCGACAAGAAUACUUAAUACAUUUCCGUUUCGAUAAUUGCCCUUUAAUUCCAGCCAGUUUUCAGAUUUCUACUUCGUCAUGCAAAAUUGCUAGAUUUGCAAAUAUUUUAACCCCUCCCAUUCGAAUCUAUAUCACAAAACAAACCACUACGGCAGUCAACACCGAAACGGAGGAGUCAUCGGAGACUUCGCCUUUGGAGAUUGCUUCUAUAUUCCUUAUGGUUGCGCACUUCGUUGCCGUUCUGUUCACAGGAUUCAUCAUAUACACGGCCAGCCCGGGUUCCAGUCUUUUCUCAUGGCAUCCUACACUAAUGGCCAUUUCGUUUUGCUUUCUGAUGUUUGAAGGGAUACUUAUUUUUUCUCCGCACAGUUCCUUAAUUGGUUUCAAGAACCGUUCGACCAAAGUAACAUGGCACUGGGUCAUGUUACUGAUAGCUUUUACUUCAGCUGCUGGUGGCAUCAUCAUAAUAUAUUACAACAAAACUUUAAACAACAAACCCCAUUUCACAUCGUGGCAUGGCCUCGUUGGCAUUAUAACGGUUGUUUACUUCAUGUUCCAGCUCUGUGCCGGCGUAAUUGUAAAAUAUCCAAGGCUUUUGCCAACUUUUAAACUUGUAGACUUGAGACUCUAUCAUGCUACGUCUGGGCUGGUUGUCUUCUUAAUGAUAUGUUUCACUUUGUUUCUGUCAUUGUACUCAAACUGGUUUUGUAAGAAUAUAACCGGCACAUCUUGGUACGCUUGUGUGGGUUGUAUCGGACUUAUGGCAACUAUGAUUACUAACCAGGUCACUUCAGCGUAUUUGCCACGGCUACAGAAACGUAUGCAACAAAAGAUUCGUCCACCAAUUUGAUUCUGUAAAUUAAAAAAUGCUUUUCCAAAACCAUAAUUUCUAUUAGAUGCAAACAAGUUCUAUAUGUUUUUUUUUUACACAAUUUAUAAACUUAUAUCAAA